CCACUUCCUGGUGGGAUUUCUUGGGGGAAUGCAACGCUGCAUCAAAGAUGGCUUAUUAUCGACUAUUAUUUUGUUCAUUUAGGUUAAACAUUGUGAAGGCAUAGGAGCUAUAUUGCACGGUGGAGAGCUGGUGGUAGUUGUAACGAGCAGUGUUGGCACUCUCGUUGCACUACGCACUGCUUGCUCUCUUCUUGCGCUAACUUGUCCCACUCUGCUAGCUAGUUAGCUCACAUAGUAAAUAUUGGCUAGCCUAACUAGCUUGCUUACUGUUGAUUGCUAAAAUGGCCACCAUGGAGAAAUUGAUGAAGGCCUUUGAGAGUCUGAAGUCAUUCCAGCAGCAGCAGGGACCACCAACCGCCGAGGAGCUGGUUCAGAGGCAGAAAAAGGAACAGGCGACCACAAAGAAGGACAGGGUCACACACUGCCUGACAAUAUGUGAAAACAUUGUGGCUCAGUCUCUGAGAACCUCUCCAGAGUUUCAGAAACUACUGGGCAUCGCCAUGGAGAUGUUCUUGCUCUGCAGUGAUGACAGCGAAUCAGAUGUCCGUAUGGUAGCCGAUGAGUGCCUAAACAAAAUAAUCAAAGCUCUGAUGGACUCAAACCUGCCCAGACUGCAGCUGGAACUGUACAAAGAAAUUAAAAAGAAUGGUCCCUCUCGGAGCCUAAGGGCAGCUUUGUGGAGGUUUGCUGAGCUUGCUCACCUCAUUAGACCACAGAAAUGCAGACCCUACCUGGUCAACCUGUUGCCAUGCCUCUCUCGAAUCACCAAGCGGCAGGAGGAGACUGUACAGGAGACUCUGGCUGCUGCUAUGCCCAAGAUCAUGGGGGCCUUGGGGCACUUCGCCAAUGAUGGCGAGAUCAAGGUGCUGCUGAAGUCCUUUGUGGCCAACUUAAAGUCCAGCUCCCCCACCAUCAGGCGGACCGCUGCCAGCUCAGCCGUCAGUGUGUGCCAACACUCCCGACGCACCAGCUACUUCUACACGUGGCUCCUUAAUGUGCUGCUGGGUCUGCUGGUUCCAGUGGAUGAAGAACACCCCAGCCACCUAAUUCUGGGGGUGCUGUUAACCCUUCGCUACCUGAUGCCUCUGCUGCAGCAGCAAGUCAACACCACCAGCCUCAAAGGAAGCUUUGGAGUCAUGAGGAAAGAGGCUGACGUUCAGCCAACACCUGAACAACUGCUGCAGGUGUACGAGCUGACCCUACACUACACACAGCACUGGGAUCACAAUGUGGUCACAGCAUCCCUGGAGCUCUUGCAGCAGAUGUUCAGGACUCCCCCACCAGAGCUUCUGCACAUGCUCAUCACCGCAGGCAGCAUUCUUCACGGCACUGUUUUCCGCCAGGACGCAGAGAGCCGUGCACGCUCCAGCAGCAUCCUCGAGCUCAUCGCGGGGGGAGGGUCUUCCUGCAGUCCACUCGUUCUCAGGAAACCAAGAGGUAAAAUGCUUUCGGGGGAGGAGGAUGGUUUGGAUGAUGACACAGAGAGAACAGACGUCACAACUGGUGUCUUCACAGCGGCAGUCGUUGGUGCAGACAGUUCCUCUGCAGCGCAGGUGGACAUCAUCACCGAGCAACCACGCUCCUCCCAGCACGCCCUGCAGCCCGGCGACUCCGUGGACCUCAGUGCCUCCUCGGAGCAGUGCGCAGGCGGGGCAUCCGCAUCCGACACUCCUGAGUCACCCAACAACAACGAGGAGGAAAUGCUGAGUCGCAGCUCCAGCGGCGGGGCAAACGUCACUCCAGAGACGGCUGACUACACCACGCCAGAGACAGAGGGCGGACCCUUAGGAGAAGGCGCGACUCUGCUCAGCGCUAAUGAUCGCUCGCUGCCACCCAGCGACUCCUCCCAGACCACCACAGAGGGGCCGGACUCCGCUGUCACACCUUCAGACGUAGCAGAGCUGUCGCACACUCCCUUGCCGCAGGUGAUUGAGCAGUCUCCUCCCUCGCCAACUUCCACCGAGGGUCCCGAUGCCACUGACAGCAACUCUUCUGUCUACUCUGCUUCCUCUUCGUCUUCUUCUUUCUCUUUCUCCUCCUCUUCCUCCUUCUAUGCCACCUCCUCCUCUGCUAGCACUAGUGACAAGGUGCUGGAUGGCAGUGAGAGCCAGUACUCCGGGAUGCAGAUUGGGACAUUACAGGAUGAAGAAGAUGAAGGAGCGGCACCUUCCUCUCAAGAAGAACCAUCAGAACCAAUCAUGCAGUCGGCCCUGGCGCUGAGCAAACCGCAUCUCUUUGAUGGCCGAGGUCACAACCGGCAGGGUUCGGACAGCAGCGUGGACCGCUUCAUACCAAAGGACGAACCUGCUGAACCGGAACCUGACAAUAAGCCUUCACGGAUAAAGGGUCCAAUUGGACAUUAUACCGAUCAGGGGGUGGAGCCACUGGUGCACUGUGUUCGGCUUCUUGCGGCUUCUUUCUUGCUGACAGGACAAAAGAAUGGUCUGACCCCAGACAAGGAGGUGCGAGUGAGCGUGAAGGCUCUUGCAGUCAGCUGUGUCGGGGCAGCAGCAGCGCUGCACCCUGAAGCCUUCUUUAAUUCCCUCUACUUGGAGCCGCUGGACGGCGUUCCAGUUGAAGAACAGCAAUAUAUCAGUGACAUCCUGGGCCUCAUUGACCAUGGGGACCCCCAGAUCAGAGGGGCCACAGCCAUCCUCUGUGCAGCUAUUAUACAAGCUGCUCUCACCAAAACACGUUACAACAUACACACCUGGCUGGCCAGCGUGCAGAGUGCAACAGGUAACCCUCUGUCCCUGGUGGACUUGGUGCCUUUGCUCCAGAGAACUCUGAAAGACGAAUCCUCUGUCACCUGCAAGAUGGCUUGCUCUGCAGUGAGGCAUUGCAUCAUGACUGUGUGCAGCAGCACUUUGAGUGAGCUCGGCCUGCAGUUGGUGAUAAACCUUCUUGCUCUGAGGGACUCCUCCUAUUGGCUCGUUCGCACAGAGCUUUUGGAGACCCUGGCUGAGAUGGACUUUCGGUUAGUUAAUUUCCUGGAGAGGAAAACCGAGACGUUGCACAAAGGGGAUCACCACUACACGGGGCGGCUGCGUCUUCAGGACAGAGUGCUGAAUGAUGUGGUCAUCCGUCUGUUGGGGGAUGAUGACCCCAGAGUCCGGCACGUGGCUGCCUCUGCUGUCAGCAGGCUGGUCUCCAGGUUGUUCUAUGACUGUGACCAGGGCCAAGUGGACCCCGUGGUGGCUAUUGCACGGGACCAGAGUUCAGUCUACCUGCAGCUGCUGAUGCAUGAGACACAACCGCCCUCCCAGUUCACCGUUAGCACAAUCACCAGGACGUACCGAGGCUACAACUUGUCUAACAAUGUAUCCGAUGUCACAAUCGAGAAUAAUUUGUCCAGAGUGGUUUCGGCCGUCUCCCAUGCUUUCACCUCCUCUUCCUCCCGAGCACUGACUUUUGGCUGCUGUGAAGCCUUGUCCCUCCUGGCUACAAAUUUCCCAGUGUGCACUUGGAGUACGGGCUGGCACUGUGGCUACAUCAGCUCCAGUAGCAGCUUUUCUUCCCGCUCUAGUCUCAGCCGCAGCAGAGGAAGGGCCCUUAGUGUGUCUCAGCCUAGCAGUGCUUCAGCCUCUUCAACCACCUCUUCAUCUGCACCGGACAACGAGCGAAGGACUCUAACCGUAGGAAUGGCCAACAUGGUCCUCUCUUUGCUCUCCUCCGCCUGGUUCCCACUGGAUCUUUCUUCACACCAGGAUGCACUUUUGCUUUCUGGCAAUCUUCUUGCUGCGGUGGCCCCUAAAUGCAUGCGCAACCCCUGGGCUGGUGAGGAAGAAGGCAGCGGCGGUAGCGCCAACCCGAACCCAAAUAAGAUGGAGGAGCCAUGGGCUGGCCUGUCGGAGCGCUCCCUGGUGGCCAUUGUGGAGCAGCUCUUUUCUCACCUAUUAAAGAUCCUCAACAUCUGUGCCCAUGUGCUGGAUGACAUACCACCCGGACCUGCAGUCAAGGCCACUCUCCCCUCCCUGAGCAACACCCCCUCCAUCAGUCCUAUCCGCCGAAAAGGCAAGGAGAAGGAUGCUGCUGAGCCCAGUGCUGCUCCAAUGAGCCCAAAGAAAAGUAAUGAGGUCAACACAGGCCGGCCAGCAGACGGCACUGGGUUAACCGCCAUUAACAAAUCUACCACCUUCGGCAACUUCUAUCACCUGCCGCCCUACCUCAAGCUCUAUGAUGUCCUCAAAGCUACACACGCCAACUUCAAGGUGACGCUGGACCUCCACAGUAGCCAGGAGAAGUUUGGAGGUUUCCUGCGUGCCACGCUAGAUGUUCUGUCUCAACUCCUGGAGCUGGCCACACUUCAUGACAUCAGUAAGUGUGUGGAGGAAAUCUUGGGCUACCUCAAGUCCUGUUUUUCCAGAGAACCAACCAUGGCUACUGUUUGUGUACAACAGCUGUUGAAGACUCUUUUUGGCACCAACCUGGCCUCCCAGUGCGAGGGCAUCUCGAGUGGACCCAGUCGCUCCCAGGGCAAGGCUCUCCGUCUCGGCUCAUCCAGCCUGCGGCCGGGCCUCUAUCACUACUGCUUCAUGGCACCGUACACUCACUUCACUCAGGCUUUGGCUGAUGCUAGUCUCCGUAACAUGGUGCAGGCUGAACAGGAGCAGGACACCUCUGGAUGGUUUGAUGUGAUGCAAAAGGCUUCAAACCAGCUGAGGUCCAACAUUGCAAAUGCAACCCGAAACAGAGGUGACAAGAAUGCCAUCCACAACCACAUUCGUCUGUUUGAGCCACUGGUGAUAAAAGCUUUGAAGCAGUACACUACCAGCACCUCCGUGGCCCUGCAGAGGCAAGUACUGGACCUGCUUGCCCAACUUGUGCAGCUCCGAGUCAACUACUGCCUGCUUGACUCGGAUCAGGUGUUCAUAGGUUUUGUCUUGAAGCAGUUUGAGUACAUUGAAGUGGGACAGUUCAGAGACUCGGAGGCCAUCAUUCCCAACAUCUUUUUCUUCCUGGUGCUGCUGUCUUAUGAGCGUUACCACUCCAAGCAGAUAAUUAGCAUCCCGAAAAUCAUCCAGCUGUGUGACGGCAUCAUGGCGAGCGGAAGGAAAGCUGUCACACACGCCAUCCCUGCUUUGCAGCCAAUAGUCCAUGAUCUGUUUGUUUUGAGGGGGUCAAACAAAGCGGAUGCAGGCAAAGAGCUCGACACGCAGAAAGAAGUGGUGGUCUCCAUGCUGCUUAGACUUGUGCAACACCAUCAGGUGUUGGAGAUGUUCAUCCUCGUUCUGCAGCAGUGUCACAAAGAGAAUGAGGACAAGUGGAAGAGGUUGUCCCGACAGAUCGCUGACGUCAUACUUCCCAUGAUUGCCAAGCAGCAGAUGCACCUGGACUCUCCGGAAGCGUUGGGAGUGCUGAACACUCUGUUUGAAACUGUGGCGCCCUCCUCCCUCAGACCUGUAGACAUGCUGCUCAAGAGUAUGUUCACCACACCGGUAACCAUGGCUUCCGUGUCUACUGUCCAGCUGUGGGUAUCCGGUAUCCUGGCGGUUCUCAGGGUCCUCGUCUCCCAGUCCACUGAGGACAUUGUCCUUUCGCGAGUCCAUGAACUCUCUCUCACCCCGCAUCUCCUCUCCUGCCACACAAUCCGUCGCCUGCAUCAGCCGGGUUUUUCCCCAGGUGACCCACCUACUGCCGACAUGCUCCUCAACCAGGAAUCUUUUGUUGAGGGACAAAGGGCCCCACCCGAGGACACCUUUGCCAGGUUCCUUCUCCAGCUAGUAGGAGUGUUGCUGGAUGACAUUUCCUCCAGACAGGUUAAAGUGGACAUUACAGAGCAGCAACACACCUUCUACUGCCAGCAGCUGGGCACACUGCUCAUGUGUCUCAUACAUGUCUUCAAAAGUGGAAUGUUCCGCCGAAUCACAGCUGCAGCCAGUCGUCUCCUAAAGGGCGAGGGUGGAGUUGGACCGACUGGCACCGAAGCCGCUCUUUUUUACCCCUUAGAGGGGCUGAACAGCUUGGUGCAGUGCCUGAUCACCACUCACCCCUCUCUGGUGCUACUUUGGUGCCAGGUGCUCCUCAUCAUCGACUACACCAACUACUCCUGGUGGACCGAGGUCCACCAGACUCCCAGGGGACACAGCCUUUCAUGCACGAAGUUGCUGAGCCCUCACUCCUCAGGGGACGGCGAGGAUGACAAGCCCGAAGAGCGCUUAGCUAUGGUGAACAGAGAGAUUGUACGCAGGGGAGCCCUCAUCCUCUUCUGUGACUAUGUGUGUCAGAACCUCCACGACUCAGAGCAUCUGACCUGGCUGAUUGUCAACCACGUGCGUGACCUCAUCAGCCUUUCCCAUGAGCCUCCAGUGCAGGACUUCAUCAGUGCUGUGCACCGCAACUCAGCUGCCAGCGGCCUCUUCAUCCAAGCCAUCCAGUCUCGCUGUGACAACCUCAACACACCUACAAUGUUGAAGAAGACUCUGCAGUGUUUGGAAGGCAUCCACCUGAGUCAAUCUGGCUCCCUGCUGAUGCUGUAUGUGGACAAGCUGCUCGGUACACCCUUCAGGGUUCUGGCUCGCAUGGUGGACACACUGGCGUGCCGCAGAGUGGAGAUGCUGCUGGCUGAGACACUACAGAACAGUGUAGCUCAGCUUCCCUUGGAGGAACUGGACAGGAUCCAGGAAUACCUCCAGACCAGUGGCCUGGCUCAGAGGCAUCAGCGGUUUUACUCCCUGCUGGACAGGUUCAGAGCCACCGUUGCCGACACCAGCAGCCCCACACCUCCUGUGACUUCCCACCCCUUGGAUGGGGAUCCUCCACCUGCCCCCGAGCUGGUCUCUGCCAAUAAGGAGUGGUACGUGGCCCUGGUGAAGUCUCAGUGUUGUUUCCGUGGAGAUGUUUCCCUGUUGGAGAUGACAGAACUCCUCACCAAACUACCGCCCACUGACCUCCUAGAUAUCAUGAGCUGCAAGGAAUUCAACCUAAGCCUCCUGUGUCCAUGUCUCAGUAUGGGUAUGCAGCGGUUGGCACGGGGUCAGGGGGCACUGUUGUUGGAGACAGCUCUGCAGGUGACCCUAGAGCGGCUUGCAGGGGUCACCGGGUCACUUCCUGUGCCCCACCAGUCCUUCCUUCCGCCUGCCCAGUCACAGCCCUACUGGAACCAACUAGCUGUUGUGUAUGAUGAGCCGGGUUUCUACCCCAGGGUUUUGUCGCUCUGCAGAGCGCUGUCCCAGUACCUGCUUGGUGUGAGCCAGCUGCCUUCCUCACUUCAUAUCCCCUUUGACAAGGAACAUCUCAUCACUACUUUCACCUGCACUGCUGCUGAGGUCGUAGCGUGGCGUCUCCUCCAGAACCAGUUGCCGCUGAGUGUGGACCUGCAGUGGGCUCUGUCCUGUCUGUGUCUGGCCCUGCAGCAGCCCUGCGUCUGGAACAAACUCUCCAGCCUGGAGUACGCGACACACACCACCUCCCUCAUCUUCUGCCUACACCUCAUCAUUGUUGCUGUGGCUGUGAGUCCUGGCGACCAGCUCCUGUAUCCAGAGAAGAAAAAGACGAAGGCAGAGAGAGAUGCUGAAGCAGAUGAAGUUGACUCCGCACAUGCUGAAAACACGUUGGAGAGAAAAGCAUGUGACAUUAUGGCGGAGCUGGUGGAAGGCCUGCAGAGCAUUCUUGCCCUGGGUCACCAUAGAAACAGUGUUUUCCCUGCUUUUCUCACACCAACCCUGCGUAACAUUGUCAUCAGUCUGUCUCGACUGCCUCUGGUCAACAGCUACACCAGAGUACCUCCACUGGUUUGGAAGCUGGGCUGGGCCCCUCAGCCAGGAGGAGAGUAUGGCACAACGCUGCCUGAGAUCCCUGUUGACUUCCUCCAGGAAAAGGAUGUCUUCCGAGAGUUCCUCUACCGCAUCAACACACUAGGCUGGAGCAGCAGAACUCAGUUUGAGGAGACCUGGGCCACACUACUGGGGGUGCUGGUCACCCAACCCAUCACUAUGGACCAGGAGGAGGAGACACAGCAGGAGGAGGACUUGGAGCGUACCCAGUUGAAUGUUUUAGCAGUGCAGGCCAUCACCAGCCUGGUGCUGAGUGCCAUGACCCUGCCUACUGCUGGCAAUCCUGCAGUCAGCUGUCUGGAACAGCAGCCACGCAACAAGAGCCUCAAAGCGCUGGAAACACGGUUUGGAAGGAAACUUGCAAUGAUCAGGGGCGAGGUGGAGAGAGAGAUUCAGGCACUUGUGUCAAAGAGAGACAAUGUUCAUACGCACCACCCGUACCAUGCCUGGGACCCUGUGCCCUCUCUAUCGGCAGCAUCAGCUGCUGGCAUGCUGAUCAGCCAUGAGAAGCUGCUGCUUCAGAUCAACACAGAGAGGGAGUUGGGCAACAUGGACUACAAACUGGGACAAGUUUCUAUCCACUCAGUGUGGUUAGGUAACAACAUCACCCCACUGAGAGAGGAAGAAUGGGGUGAGGAUGAAGAGGAUGAAGGAGACACUCCGGCACCCACCUCCCCGCCCAUGUCCCCUAUCAAUUCAAGGAAGCAUCGUGCAGGUGUGGACAUUCAUUCAUGUUCCCAGUUUCUGCUGGAGCUGUACAGCCAGUGGAUAAUCCCUGGCUCCCCGAGUAACAGGAAGACCCCGACUAUACUCGUCAGUGAAGUGGUCCGAUCGCUGCUGGCGGUGUCGGACCUGUUCACAGAGAGGAACCAGUUUGACAUGAUGUUCUCCACCCUGAUGGAACUGCAGAAGCUCCAUCCACCGGAGGAUGAGAUCCUCAAUCAAUACCUUGUGCCGGCCAUCUGCAAGGCAGCUGCGGUACUGGGAAUGGACAAAGCAAUGGCGGAGCCUGUUUGUCGCCUGUUGGAGACGACCCUACGCAGCACCCACCUGCCCAGCCGCAUGGGAGCUCUGCAUGGAGUGCUGUAUGUGUUGGAGUGUGACCUGCUGGACGACACAGCAAAACAGCUCAUCCCCGCCGUCUCUGAGUACCUGCUGUCCAACCUCAGGGCUAUCGCUCACUGUGUGAACUUGCAUAACCAGCAGCAUGUGUUGGUAAUGUGUGCCGUGGCUUUCUACAUGAUGGAGAACUACCCUCUGGAUGUCGGACCUGAUUUUAUGGCUGGAAUCAUACAGCUGUGUGGCGUGAUGGUGUCGGCCAGCGAGGACUCGACCCCCUCCGUCAUCUAUCACUGUGUCCUGCGCGGCCUGGAGCGCCUCUUGCUGUCGGAGCAGUUGUCGCGCGUUGACGGCGAAGCUCUGGUCAAACUCAGCGUGGACAGAGUCAACAUGCCGUCCCCACACAGAGCCAUGGCCGCCCUCGGCCUCAUGCUCACCUGCAUGUACACCGCGGUGCUUGCGUCGGGUUCAGACGUGACAGGGGUUAGAGGUCAGGUUGACUCUGGCUCUGCCGUAGCAGAGGCGGUGGGCGUCACAGCCGGUCAUGUUGGUUUCUCCCCAGGAAAAGAGAAAGCCAGCCCUGCCAGUCGCCCCGCCCCCUCUGACCCUCAGGCGCCAGACAGCGAGUCGAUCAUUGUUGCCAUGGAGAGAGUCUCUGUGCUCUUUGACAGGAUCCGGAAAGGUUUACCCAGCGAGGCCCGGGUGGUGUCCAGGAUUCUGCCACAGUUUCUGGACGACUUCUUCCCGCCACAGGAUGUCAUGAACAAGGUCAUCGGAGAAUUCCUGUCCAAUCAGCAGCCUUACCCACAAUUUAUGGCCGCGGUCGUCUAUAAGGUUUUCCAGACCCUCCAUGCCACAGGCCAGUCUUCGAUGGUGCGAGACUGGGUGCUGCUCUCCUUGUCCAACUUCACCCAGAGGACACCAGUGGCCAUGGCCAUGUGGAGCCUCUCCUGCUUCUUUGUCUCUGCCUCCACCUCCCAGUGGAUAUCAGCCCUGCUGCCGCACGUGAUCAGCCGAAUGGGCUCCAGUGAGGUGGUGGACGUCAACCUGUUCUGCCUGGUCGCCAUGGAUUUCUACCGGCACCAGAUUGACGAGGAGCUGGAUCGCAGGGCUUUCCAGUCUGUCUUUGAGACUGUGGCGUCGCCGGGCAGCCCUUAUUACCAGCUGCUGGGCUGCCUGCAGUCAAUCCACCAGGACACAUCGCUCUGAGGGCAACGGACUGGGAAGGACACAAAGGCACACAGAGAGAAGGAAAGCGAGAGAGGGGCGAGAAUGAAGCACAGUGUGGUAGACCGGGAAAUUAGAUGGCCAUGUUGUACAUGUCCUCGUGUUGCAAUGAAGGGGGACAACAGAAUGUUUCAUUAUAAAAUAAAUCUACUAUAGCCUCCCUCCUUUUACACUGAUGUGAAAUGAGUAAAACUACUGAAAGCAGCAUAAUGAAUUCUGCAGAAGAACGAGGGCAGAUCUGAAUCCUUGUCAGCUUUAUGGCUUACGUUAAAGGACUGUAAGAAGAGUCCACCUACUAAAGGACACCGGCUGCAAAACCUCCGUACCAUGGCUCUUCCACAGAACAUUCCUCCAGGUGAAUGACCUUAACCUCAAACACCUCCUCCUACCCAGCACCUUGAUAAAACAUAAAACAAAUAUAACAUUACACAAAUAUUGAAUUUGUCUAUUUUCCUGUGAGGACUUGCUUGAGUAUUGUGAUGUCAGUAAAGUAAUAUAGAGAAGGAACAAAAAGAACAACUAGAAAAUGCAAAGUAUUUACUAUAUUUAAAGUUUCAUCUAUUUUUCAGUGCGGCUGUGUAAAAGAUUGCUUAUGGUGUUGUUAGGACACACGAUGGGUCGGACAUGCCGACUUAAUGUUGUCAAUAAUUAGUGUCUUCAAAGACCUUUUUUAUAUUUAAGUUACUUGUGUCUAUACAAGUUAAAUACUACAUAUUUCUUUGUGUAACAAUGAUCAUUAAUAGCCAUAGUUCCUUGUUAUCUUAUUUGUUUUCUUCCAAGGGACCAACUUGUUUGCACUCUUUGACAAGUUGUUACUUUCUGUGGCCCUUUCUGCAUGUUCUAGUGAAUGGACAAAGAAUUAGACAGGUAUGUACUGGGAGUAAUAUAAAGGCUCUUCUCAACAGUUCGAACUGUAAGGCCGCAUUUAAUAUGGUGGGCAAUGUCGAGCACGUAUAAUACCAAAAUUGCGUUGUCGCUAAUGAUUUUUUUUUUUUACCACAUGUCUGUCUCGUCCUUUUUAAAAAAGCAAUUGUAUACUCCCCGUGUACACCUGAAUGACUCCACCUGUCCAUUUCUUGUACUUUUUAAAUACUCAGGAUGUAAAAUGUGACUUGUUGUAAGAUUGGAUGUAAAAUGCUGUCUUUGAAGGUACCGUGGAGAAAAAAAAGUAAUUGUAGUUUGAAGUUAUACACAAGCCAUGGUGCAUGUUAAAAUCCAAACUUUAAAGAUGAGCGAUCUUAACAUGGACAGUAAGAACACUUUAUUUUCUGUCUUAACACACACACGAUCAGCAAAUGAAGAAUCGGUGAGUCGGCAGAAGGCUGAGCGCCAAGUAUUUCGUUGAAGACCUUGUGUUGCCUGGGAGAUGCUGGGCGGCGUUACUCUGUACAUACACUUGCCUUAGAUGAAGACUGUAUAUACACGUAUGUCCUGUACACUGACGGCAUGCUUAGCAUUACUGCUAUUUUCUUGCAUAGUCCUUAAUACUGUAAUUCCGUGGGUGGAUGCGGUUGCUAUGACUGUUGUGAGGAAGCGUUGCGACACAAUCCAAAGGGAGCCUUGUAACCAUAGAGACCAACAACAGCUUUGACAAACGAGGUGAUGCCACGUGACGGGGAGUAUUCUGUCUUUGUUGGGCUUUAAAUAUUGUUUUUGUUCAAGUUAAAGAUAGCUAAAUAUCUCAUUGUCUUUGUCCAACAUAUUUAACACACCUAAAAACUCAGAAGUUCCUCACAAGUCAAUGUUAGGCGCUUUCUUGAUAUGCAAUGAGUCCAGCAGUGCAUCAAAGUAAAAACAUCAUGGCACUUUGUGCUCAAUGUUCACCCUUCAGAGCAACGUAACACAAUGUAUUCACUCAAUAAAUGACCAGCUCUGCAGCUGUCAUUUAAAUUCCAUUGUGAGGCCUCCCUAAAGUAGAUUAAAUAGGCCUAAACGAGAGUCCUGUUUAUAGUUAUACAGCUACACAGUGUCUUCAAAGUCAGUUUGGGUAUGCGUGGUGAGGAGAACUGCAGAUGACUGAUACCGAUUUGUUUUUUGAAGUACUUACAAAAGCGGAUUUAUGGGCCUAUUCUUCUCUGGUCUCCAAUAAGAAGAGCAGGGCACUGCGUGGGGACCCCUGCAGGGCGGCUAAUGCGAUUACCCAGAAUUUCUUUGUGGUUUGGGGAAAUGGGCGUGGAGGUCAUGUUCAACUGAUUCGACAUGCUUAUCUUUAUAACUUUGUUUUUCCUCCGCAGAAGAUUUUAUGGUUAUUGAUUUUGGCCUAAUGACAAAGCUGAGAAUCAAUGCGGUUUCAUUUUUCUUUACAUGCGCCACAAUUUCUACUCUUUCAAAUAGUAUGUUGAUUGGCUUAAAAAAAACUAUUUCCCCUUUUCUGGAAAUAAAGUUUAGUGAGAAAAUAUAUUUAUACAGUCAUGAUGGUAAUAGAAGUAAAGAAUUAUAUGAUCCCCUAUAAUUUCUUGUCUGAAUCCAACAGGACUGCCGAGCCUUCUCACUUUUCUUUUUAAUAUGCUGUAAAGUAAAAGGAUUGUGUAUUUCAGUUCAUUUGAAUAUUUUCAAGAGAUAAUCACUGCAUAUGAGCUGUUGUAGAAAUUAAUAAAUUAUUUACAGAUGUUAAAUGUGUGAUAUUUGUGAAUAAAAUGAUAUCCAUCAGGAGAACCGAUUCUUCUCAGCCACGAUGACGUGCGAGUACCAAGUGUUUUGUUUUUUGUUUUGUUUUUGCGCUGCACACGCUAAGUGUCUCAGACUUUCGAUGAUGUCCCACGCUGCCUCCUCUUCCUCGG